AUGGGUGAAUUUUUACAAAUUAAUGUUCCAGAUUGCCCAAGUGGUUUAAGGAUUAAUGAAUAUUUUAGUUAUCCAUCAAUUUCAUUAAUAUUUGCAUCAUUAUCAAUAUCGUGUUUUAUAUUCGCAACGAUUAUAGCAUUUAAAUAUAACAGUGUCGAUGUUUUCAAUAAAAAGAUACGAACGCAAACAAUAUCGAAUACAUUAUGGAUCGUUUAUUAUUUAGCAUUAGGUUUAAGAGGAGCAUCAAAUACAAUUAGAUAUGCAAUGGAUAAAACUAGGGAAGAACAUGUGGAGGAAGUAUUUUUUAUAGCAAGUUUAACAUUACAUGGAUUUACUGCAUUGGCAUUGACAUUGGCUUUAAAUCAUCAACGUAGAUACAGAUCAACAUCACAACAACAAGCAACUCACAGAGAGAAUGAACCAUUACUUUUACAACAAAUUCAACAAGAGAAUAGAAAUUCUUCAAAAUGGACUACAUCCUUUAAAAAACAUAUCUCUUUGCUAGAGGUAUUUUUCUUGUUAUGUUUUGUUUGUUUUUUAGUUUUUGUUUAUGUAGAAAUAGACAAAGAGAAUACAGUAUUUUAUUAUAUAUUAUUAGCAUUUUUUAUAUUACAACACAUUCCAAUCAUUGUUUUAGUUUUAAUGAUUGCAUUUGCAUUCUCUAGAGAAGGUCCAACUAGAAAGAGUAGAGCAUUUAUAAUUUUAGGGGCAAUUUUUAAUUUAAGUAAUUAUUUACCACUUUUUGUUUGGGCAAAAUAUCUACCAGGUGGAUGUCCAAUGUAUAUCUUUAGUUAUGUCGAUUUAAUUCAAUUAUUUGAUUUUGCAUCAUUAUUAUUUUUCUUUUUAUUCUUAAGAUCAGAAUACGUCAGAAAUCAAGAAGAAUGCAUUUGGACAGCAGUAAGCCAAAUACAAGAUACUUUCGAUUUUAGAUUAUUCUAA